AUUCAAACUCGAGUGGAUCCCUGGGAGCACUAUACCCAAUCACAAGCUGUAAUCUCGCAUCACCCCGCGCACCCAACUAACCCAUGACGAAAGGAAAGUCUAUUACGCCCUGAAGCAAUCUUGAACGAUCUACCCCGCCAAAAUCUAUUUGUCCCAACACUUAGUGCUGCUAAUUGUACCUUAAACAUAUCAACAACAUCAUUGUCGACGAGAUCCUACAGCCUUGUUCCCGCUUUUACCGUUGAUACUAAAUUUAUAACAAGGUACCUGGUUCCCGGAAACCUUUAAACUCUCCCCCGUCCUAUAUCCGCAGGAGAGAAGAGAAACAAUUUAGUUGUCGGCUAACACUAGACCGAGUUAUUCAGCCUCUUCAGAAAACCAAAGUCUUAAACUCCGUCAAGAUGGUCGAGAUCAGCCCUGCUUUCGCUAAGGCCCAGGAGGAUUCCAAGAAGCUUACCUCUAAGCCCAGCAACGAGGAUCUCCUCGAUCUCUAUGCUCUAUUCAAGGUCGGCAACGGCGAGGACUUCAGCAAGGCAGACAAGCCCGGCAUGUUCGACCUCAAGGCCAAAUACAAGUACCAGGCCUGGCAGAAGCUGGUCGACGACGGCAUUACCCCCGAGGAGGCGCAGGACCGUUACGUCAAGAAGGUCGAGGAACUGAAGGAAAAGUAUGGCUUCGACGAGAACAAGGUCCCCGAGGCCGUCAAGAGCUCCUAAGUCUAUACUAUCGCCAGUAUUUGUCGUGUUGCCUCCGAUCGAUUAGCCCGUGUCUUGAUAGCGAUGUUAUGCGAUAGACAGCAUUCCUAACUCUCGGUGAAACGAUGGGAUAUUUGCGAUUAAAAUCUCCGGGUUGCAAGACGUUGCGGCAUCAUACAAGCACUAGAUACCUUAGAUACAUAUAUAAACGACGUAAACCUG